CAAUUGCACGUUCUUUCAGUCGAGUUAACAGUUCCUCCUCGAAGCUUUCGUCAAUACCGAUUCAAAAUGGCAUCACCAGAAGCUAUUCGAGAUGCAGUCUUCGGCGCUGCAUCCGAGAAUUCAGAGCUGCUCAAUACUCUCGCCAAGACCUCCGAAGCCCCUUCCAUCUACAGUGCGCACCUCGUCCAUUUCGAUAAACUAGAAACCUCGCUCACGGAACAACAAAAUGUUCUCGACUCCCUCAAAACUCAGACAGAACUGAGAUUCAAAUCCCAUAAGAAGCUACGCAAUUCAGUCACGAAGAAAUGGUUUUAUCGUGCGACGAAAAUGCUGCCCAAGUUCGAAGCAAAGGCCAUGACUGAGGAGAGGGAAUACUUUACUGCUCUCGGGGCGCAAAGCAAAGCGGAGGAGAGAUGCAAGACCCUGGAGAGCGAGGUGAAGAAGGCUGAAGCGGAGAAAGAAAAGCUAUUGAAGGUUGUGAAGAAGCACGGCGAUGCACACGCGAAAAUCGAUUUACUAUACGAAAAGUUGUUCAAGGGACCAACUCCUGGAUUCGGGGACGAGGACGAGCGAGAACACAAAUAUUACACAUCAGACGAAUCAAAUGAGAGUGUCAAGGAGGGAAUCAGACGAGCUAGGAGGGCAAAGAGUGGACUGGGCGUGGUGAAGACGUAUCUGGGGAGAGCGAAAAGCAACAUGAAAUAUGCAUUGACAUCGGUUGAGGAGCGACUGUUCUUCUUCGAUGAAUCGACUUACUGGACUGAGAGAGGUGACGCAGCUCUUGCGUUGGCUUUGGACAAGAUGGGUAAAACGGACGAAGACCUCCUUCCUCUACCGUCCGAUCUGGUGGGAAAGCAUCAGGUUGUCAGUUCAAGUCUUCUUGCAGCGAGAAUACCCAUGGGAAGAAGUCACUCGCGGGAGAGUAUGAUUCAGGCGAUCAUAAAAUCACUGGAACAAAUAUCAGAAGUGGAAGAGCAACUGGGGAUAUUGAUUGCGCACACGAAGGAGGUUGAGAAAGUAGGACUGGCAAAGAUUAAAGAGACUGCCAGACAACUUGAAGACUCGCGACAGGAGUUACAGCAGGUCAGACAGGGUAUAUUCGAGAGGGUUGCGGGGUUUGGUGAAGCAGCCCCGGCAUAUAUGGAGUGUUGUGAUCGGGCGGACAGGUUUUGCAAUGUUCCUGAAGUGGGACAUGAACAUGUACAACCAGAAGAAGAAGCCGCUCCCCCGGUCCCACAACCGGAGAGUGCACCACCAGAGUAUGGUGAACAACCAGUCACUGUUGCUAUUCCUUCUCGGUACGAACUGGCAGAUGCCCUGAGAGCGGAAAAUAAGACAGCAGGACCUGGAGACCAUGCAUACAUCACGCAUGAUAUUGAACGGCCAGGGAGGACAGUAUAA